AUGAAGCUGGUUGUUUUUUGCCUUUUUGCAGUUUGCUGCAGUUCUUUGGCCAGCACAACGGAGAGACCAUUGAGAAAAUUACUUGAGGUCAUGAGUGAACUGCAGGCUGUGAGAAAAAACCUUAAGAACAACGACACGAUGCUGAAUAUUCCACCACAGAAUCUCACGGGUUGCUGCGGUCCGUCUGCCUUGCAAUGCUUCCGGGCUAAUCUGAAUGUGAAGUUCGGCAUUACAGAAAGGGCACCAACCAAAGAAGGCAAGCUUUACAGAAGCCUUAAGAUGGGUUUGACUGAGAGAAGUCUGAACUUCAUUUGCGAUUCAACAAAUGCUCAGCUCAACUGCCCACACUGCGACGAACAUCCAAAGGGAAAUGUCACUCAAUUUUUCGAUAGUCUGGAGUCCCUUUUUCAAAAGGCCAUAGCCACCAGACGGAGCAUGGAGUGAAAAGAGGUGAAGACAAGUUUUGUGACCAAGGAUUGAAUGUAGAGAAGACACUACGCUGAACAGAUGCUAAACAACUUAUAGCCUUCUAAAUAUUUAACUUAUUUCAUAUUUAUUUGGAUAGUGGUGGUGAACUCACUCAAGCUAUAGAAUGUAUUUUCAAGAAAGCUGCUUUGCCGCCACCCAGUGGACAUGACAGUUUUUUUUGUUUUCUCCCCCUCUUUUUCACUGAAAGUGAAAGUUAAUUUAUAUGUUGUAGUUCUCAAAGAAUGUUAAGUA